GUAAACUAGCGAAGGAGAGGGGGUAAAAAGUGUUCUCGUCUCAAAGAACAAGUGAAGUGAAUUGUCGUUCAUCUAAAUUUUUUUGGUUAUUUCGCGAUUUUCAAUUAAAAACAAUCCGAACCCGAUCGAAAACGGCCCUUUGGCGAUCCUAAUCAGCGUUUGGCGAUGGCAUCGGACGACGAAGUCGACGAUUCUUACGCCGGGGAGGAAGAUGCCCCCGAAGAGGCCGUCGAGCAAGUCGAGAACGACCCCGAUUCCGAAGACAUUCCGCCUAAAGGAGGGGUAAAGGAUGAUGAUGAAGAUUUCGAGCCGGAAGAUAGCAGGAAAAAGAAGAAAGGCAAAAAGCGGAAAGCCAGAGGCGAGGAGAAAAGAGGCAAAAAGAGAAGAAAAAAGCGCAAGAAUGACAGUGGAGAUGAGAGCGAUUUUGCCGAAGAAGAAAACGGCGGAAUGGACUCCGACUACGGAGGUAGCAGCAGCAAAAGAGGUAGAAAGAAGGGCUCCAAUAAACAUUCCUCGUCAUCUUCCACUCCAACGCCUGCGAACGAUUCUAGCGGUAUGCCAACAAUCGAACAAGUUUGUUCAACAUUUGGACUCACCGAUGUAGAUGUCGAUUAUUCAGAAGCCGAUAUGCAGAAUUUGACGAGCUACAAGCUGUUUCAACAGCACGUUCGGCCUUUGCUAGCUAAGGAAAAUCCAAAGGUACCGAUGUCGAAAUUGAUGAUGCUGGUGGCGGCGAAAUGGCGCGAAUUCUCCAACGCUAACCCCAAUCUGCAAGGCGAAAACGAAGCGCCCAGCACGCCUGCUGCGGAAGAAGUGGGCUACUCGAAGCCUAAUCGGUCUCGAGCGUCGAAGGAAGCAGCUCAAAGAAUUGUCGAAGCUGAUUCUGAGCCAUAUGAUGACGAUUUCGACGAAGAAGACGACGAAGACAAGACCAAGAAGAAACGCAGUUCGCGAGGACGACCGAGCAAAUCGAAGAAGGCCACCAAAGUGCCAACGUUGAAGAUCAAAUUGGGCAAAAGAAAACGCGGUAGUUCCGACGAAGAUGCGGAUAAUAGCGUUGGAGGUUCGGAUCGCGAUUCCGACGCCGAAUUCGAGCAAAUGCUCCAGGACGCCGAAGAGCCCAAGUCCAACAAAUCGAACAACGGCGACGAACCGGCCCCGUCGGCCGAAGCGGCCGGCGACGAGACGCCGCAACCCAAGCGCAAAGCGAAAACAAAAAUCGGCUGCAAGACCAAGAAAAAGCGAAAGAUGAAGAGCGGCAAACCUGAAGAUGAAAACUACGAGCACCAGGAUUACUGCGAGGUGUGCCAACAAGGGGGCGAAAUCAUCCUGUGCGAUACCUGCCCGAGGGCCUAUCAUUUGGUGUGCUUGGAACCCGAACUGGAAGAAGCUCCCGAAGGGAAAUGGAGCUGUCCCCAUUGCGAAAACGAGGGUCCAGCGGAACAAGACGACGACGAACAUCAAGAAUUUUGCAGAGUAUGCAAAGACGGCGGCGAAUUGUUGUGUUGCGAUUCUUGCACGUCCGCCUAUCACACUCACUGCUUGAAUCCUCCACUGACCGACAUCCCAGAUGGCGAUUGGAAGUGUCCCAGAUGCGGAUGCCCGCCUCUAAUAGGAAAAGUAGCCAAAAUCCUCACAUGGAAGUGGGUCGAAGAUCCGCCCAAGAAGAAAGAAAACGGCGAAGAAGAGAAACCCACCAGGCAUCGAGAAUUCUUCGUAAAAUGGCACGAACUGUCGUACUGGCAUUGCAGCUGGAUCACCGAGCUCCAAUUGGACGUUUACCACCCGUUGAUGUUCCGAAGCUAUUCGAGAAAAUACGAUAUGGAGGAGCCGCCCAAGCUGGAAGAACCGCUCGACGAGUCCGAUACCAGAUGUACGCGUCUACUGAAAAUGGGCGGCGUCAACAACGACGACGAGCUCGAGGAAAAGUACUACAAAUACGGGAUUAAACCCGAAUGGUUGGUGGUUCAUCGUGUGAUCAACCAUCGGACGAUGCGCGACGGUCGCACCCUUUACCUCGUCAAAUGGCGCGAGCUGACUUACGAUCAGGCCACAUGGGAGGAGGAUAGCGACGAUAUAGUCGGUUUGAAAUUGGCCGUCGAAUAUUACAACGAUUUGAGAAACGCCUGCCUGAGCGGCUCGGGCGGCUCCAAGAACAAGAAGGGCAAAGGGAGGAAAUCCAAAACCAAAGAACUCAUGGACGACGACGAUAGAAACGGACCUCGAAGGUACACUCCUCCGCCGGAAAAACCGUGCACUGAUCUCAAGAAGAAAAUGGACAAACAGCCCAGUUAUCUGGACGAGGGCGGUAUGCUUCACGAAUAUCAAUUGGAAGGUUUGAAUUGGUUGCGUUACUCGUGGGCCAGCGGCAUCGAUACGAUAUUAGCCGAUGAAAUGGGUCUCGGCAAAACCAUACAGACCAUCGUAUUUUUGUACUCUUUGUACAAAGAGGGCCAUUGCAGAGGCCCGUUCUUAAUCAGCGUACCGUUAUCGACCAUCAUAAAUUGGGAGAGAGAAUUCGAACAGUGGGCACCGGAUUUUUAUUGCAUCACGUACGUUGGCGAUAAAGAUUGCCGAGCGGUGAUUCGCGAGAACGAAAUCAGCUUCGAAGAGGGAGCCGUCCGAGGCGGUCGAGCUUCGAGAAUCCGGGCCAGUUCGAUUAAAUUCAACGUUUUGCUGACCAGCUACGAGCUGAUUUCGAUCGAUUCGGCCUGCUUGGGCUCCAUCGAAUGGGCCGUACUGGUGGUCGACGAAGCCCACCGAUUGAAGAGCAACCAAUCGAAGUUCUUCAAAUGUUUGAACAGCUACAACAUCAGCUACAAGCUGCUGUUGACCGGAACGCCCUUGCAGAACAAUCUCGAGGAGCUGUUCCAUUUGUUGAACUUCCUGAACGGCGAGAAGUUCAACGAUUUGCAGAACUUCCAGGCCGAGUUCGCCGACAUUUCGAAAGAAGAUCAGGUGAAAAAAUUGCACGAAAUGUUGGGUCCGCACAUGUUGCGUCGUCUCAAAGCCGAUGUACUUAAAAGCAUGCCCUCGAAAUCCGAAUUUAUCGUACGCGUCGAGUUAUCUCCGAUGCAAAAGAAAUACUACAAAUACAUUCUGACGAGGAACUUCGAAGCGUUGAACCCGAAAGGCGGCGGCCAACAGGUUUCUCUGUUGAACAUUAUGAUGGAUUUGAAAAAAUGCUGCAACCACCCGUAUUUGUUCCCCGCCGCGGCCGAAGAGGCCCCGUUGGGGCCGCACGGCAACUGGGACGUGGGCCAUCUGACCAGGGCCUCGGGCAAACUGGUGUUGCUGUCGAAAAUGCUGAAGAAGCUCCGCGAACAAGGCCACCGCGUGCUGAUCUUCUCCCAAAUGACGAAGAUGUUGGACAUUCUGGAAGACUUCCUCGAAGGCGAAGGAUACAAGUACGAACGCAUCGACGGCGCCAUAACGGGAGGCCUGCGACAGGAAGCCAUCGAUAGAUUCAACGCGCCCGGCGCUCCGCAAUUCGUCUUUUUGCUGUCUACGAGGGCCGGAGGUUUGGGUAUCAAUUUAGCCACCGCCGAUACUGUGAUUAUUUACGAUUCCGAUUGGAAUCCCCACAACGACAUCCAAGCGUUCUCUCGAGCCCAUCGUAUCGGACAAGCCAACAAGGUUAUGAUCUACCGUUUCGUGACGAGAAACAGCGUGGAGGAACGCGUCACGCAAGUGGCCAAACGGAAGAUGAUGUUGACCCAUUUGGUGGUGCGACCGGGAAUGGGCGGUAAAGGUACCAACUUCACCAAGCAAGAACUCGACGACAUUCUGCGGUUCGGUACCGAGGAACUGUUCAAAGAAAGCGAAGGCAAAGAGGACGAGGCCAUUCACUACGACGACAAGGCGGUGAGCGAGCUGUUGGAUCGCAGCAAAGAGGGCAUCGAACAGAAGGAAAGCUGGGCCAACGAGUACCUCAGCUCGUUCAAAGUGGCCAGUUACGUAACGAAGGAGGGCGAAACCGAGGAAGAAGUCGACACGGAGAUUAUCAAGCAGGAAGCCGAAAACACCGAUCCGGCCUAUUGGAUCAAAUUGCUCAGGCACCACUACGAACAACAACAAGAGGACAUCGCAAGGACUUUAGGUAAAGGUAAGCGAGUAAGGAAACAGGUGAAUUACAACGAUGGCGGUAUGACGACGGACACGAGAGAGGACACCACUUGGCAGGAAAACUUGUCCGAUUACCAUUCGGACUUCUCCGCCGGAUCCGAUGAGGAUAAAGAAGACGAUGAUUUCGACGAGAAGAACGACGCGGAUCUUAGCAGGAGAAGCCGCAGGAAGAUGGAGCGCAAAGACGAAAAGGACCGGCCGUUGCCGCCGCUUUUGGCCAGGGUCGGCGGUAACAUCGAAGUGCUGGGCUUCAAUUCGCGACAACGAAAGGCGUUCCUCAACGCCAUCAUGCGCUACGGGAUGCCGCCGCAGGACGCUUUCAACUCGCAAUGGUUGGUGAGAGAUCUCCGAGGGAAAUCGGAGAAAAUCUUCAAGGCCUACGUGUCGUUGUUUAUGAGGCAUCUGUGCGAACCGGGCGCCGAUAACGCCGAUACGUUCGCCGACGGCGUACCCAGAGAAGGCCUCAGUAGGCAACACGUUCUAACGCGCAUCGGCGUGAUGUCGCUGAUACGAAAGAAGGUACAAGAAUUCGAGCACAUAAACGGCGAAUACAGCAUGCCCGAGGUGAUCAAGAAGAGCAUAAUGGAUCAAAACAAAUCCAGUUCGACGCCUACGGAAGUGGAAACGCCGAAAAGCACCACGACUAGCACCAGCGCAACGCCCGCUACUAGCGCGGCUCCGAGUCCCGCUCCCAAUCAAGCCGAAGACAAAGAUAAAGAGGAGAAACCCGCCGAGGAACCUAAAGAUAAAGACGUUAAAGCUGAAGCCGAGGACGUCGCCGAGAAAGAUAAGGAAAAGGUGAAGGAGGAAGUGGACGAUGCGAAGGAAUCGUCUCCGAAAACCGAAACGCCCGAACCCUCUUUGGAAGCGGACAAAUCCGAAAUAAAAUCCGAGGUCGAUUCGUUGUCCGUUACGAGCGAAGAUAAGAAAGAGGAUAAAGAAGACGACGUCAAGAUGGAGGAGACCGUCUUAGAACCCAAGGAAGAACCUAAAGAAGAAUCCGCUACCGACGAAGUAGAAGAAGUCAAGAAGGAGGAAAAAGUCGAGAAGAAAGAGGAGAAACCCAAAGCGGAGAAGAAGGAUAAGGACGAAGACGAAGUAAUGGUGAUCGAAACCGACGAACCCAAAGAGAAAGACAAGAAAAAAGAAAUCGAUUUGGAGGCCAAGAAACGGUUCAUGUUCAACAUCGCCGACGGCGGUUUCACCGAGUUGCACACGCUGUGGUUGAACGAGGAAAAGGCCGCUUCGCCCGGUCGCGAAUACGAAAUCUGGCACCGCCGUCACGAUUAUUGGCUGCUCGCCGGCAUCGUUACGCACGGCUACGGCAGAUGGCAAGACAUACAGGCCGACGCUCGAUUCGCCAUUAUCAACGAACCGUUCAAAAUGGACGUGGGCAAGGGUAAUUUCUUGGAAAUCAAGAAUAAAUUCCUCGCUAGACGAUUCAAGUUGUUGGAACAAGCUCUGGUUAUCGAAGAGCAACUACGCCGUGCUGCUUACUUAAAUCUCACGCAGGAUCCCAAUCAUCCUGCUAUGUCGUUGAACGCUAGAUUCGCCGAGGUGGAAUGCUUGGCGGAGUCUCAUCAACAUCUCAGCAAGGAAUCGUUGGCUGGUAACAAACCGGCUAAUGCCGUUCUGCAUAAGGUGCUAAAUCAAUUGGAAGAGUUGUUAUCGGAUAUGAAAUCCGACGUUUCGAGGCUACCGGCUACCCUCGCAAGAAUACCACCAGUAGCCCAGAGAUUGCAGAUGUCCGAAAGGAGUAUAUUAUCCAGACUAGCGGCGACAUCUUCCUCUAGCAAUCAAUCGACAACUCAAGUAAUGAGCCAAUUUCCGGCCGGUUUCAACGCCGGCAAUUUGCCUGGAUUCGCGGGAGCCACAGCGAACUUUUCGAACUUCAGACCGCAAUACUCCGUUCCCGGUCAACCGCCCGCGGGAUUCCCUUCAUAAUAUUCAAUCUUCUAAAAUCGCGAAAUAGCUCAAAUCUCUAAAUUAAUUUAUUGUACGUUUACUUUUUUUUUUCAAUUGUGGUUAUUUAUUUUGAUGUGCAGGUACGUUUUGAAAACUCUUAUGUAUAAUUUAAGAGAAACUGGUUGAUCUCCAUGUCGAUUUUUUUCUGAAAUGAUAUAUUUUAUCGUAGAUGAACAUUCGAAAUUUUGCGAAUUUGAGAAAAAUCGACGUCGAUUCACGACAUUAAGUAAUUACAACGUUAUUUCAUGUAAUUUAUGAGGGCAUGUUUCACGUAUUGCCAGGUAUACAGUACACAGUAAAUUGGUGAUAAAAUAUUAUGUAUCCAUGCAAAUUUCAUAUUUCUUUUCACUAAGUAGGAACGAAUAGCCCUUGUACGUGUAUAUUAUUGGUUCUUUCUAGGCAGAAAGUAUUAGUAUGUUUAAAAGUUUUUUUUUAUAAAAUUAAGUUCUAAUUUAGCAAUAAAG